AACAGUGGAACGCAUGCCAGCACGUGGCUCCGCCCCCAUCAGCUGGCGCAAACCUGAACCUGGAAAUGGCAAUGUAAAAUAUAUGCGGAGCUUUUUCGUGUCGGUGAAAGAUGGACGCCAUCUUGCCUGCAGUGGCGGAAGAGCUUCUCUGCGAAAUAAGACAGAGUUUUCAAGAGACAACUCAAAUUUCUGAUGAACUCCUUCUCAGCUUGAAAUUUAUCUUUGGGCCCACUGCACUAUACGCGCUGGAUUUAGUGGAUCAGCGUUCAGUCAGCCAUGUGACCAGUCCAAGCGGAAGGUCAGUGUUCCAGGUAAUUGGAAGCUCGGGGAAAAUGUACACAUGUUUCGCCUCUUGUCAUUAUUGCUCCUGCCCGGCUUUCUCUUUUUCUGUGCUAAGGAAGAAUGACAACAUGCUGUGCAAGCACAUCCUAGCCGUCUACCUCAGCCAAGCCAUGGGACUUUGCCAGGAACUCACUGUGACUGAUACGCAGAUGUGUGACAUACUGUUCCCCAAAGAGGACUAGUUUGUGGACUAUUCCGGAGACAGAUGUUUUUUUCAUUAUCGAAGUAGCCUACCUGCCUUACCGGGGCCUCUGAUUCUCUUGGUCACUCUGCAUGUCCUUGCCUACACAUUGAUAAACAUCAUAAAGUGUUUCAUGGAUAGCCUCUUAACCUAUGUACAAACCUAGUUCUGCUUUAGUGUCCUGUAUUGGUGUCUGCUAGUUAGUAGGGUAAUGGAAAAACACCAGACAAAGGAAUGCCUUUCCCAGGAUAGUUACUGUCCUUAUAUGAUCAUCCCAUGAUACAUCAGUUGUGUCUGCAUAAUUUAUAAGGUUCAUUAAAAUAUGUUUAAAAAAAAAAAAAAAA